AUGCCUUCCACCAUCCCCACCAUCACCCCUUCAGCAACAACCUACGCCUCCCUAAUCAACCACAAAACCGGCGAAAUCCACACCGUCCGCAUCGUCGCCAACCCAUCCACCAACACAACAGAGACAUACACCCCCUUCUCCUUCCUCCCCAACCACGGCAUCAGCUCAGUCUACAGUUCCGAGGAGAAGAAGUCCACGUCUUCCUCGGCAGCGAGUUCCACCGACUCAUUCGACAGCGUGAGGGAGAUGAAAAUUGAGAUGAGUGGAGAAGUGCAAGGGAGGAGAGUGUAUUUGAGUAAGAGGGAGAGAGUGGCGGCGAGGUUUGGGGUUUGGAGGAGGGAGCAGAGGGAGUUUUGGAAUAUGGUUGGGCCGGUUAUGGUUUUUUAG